AUGGCCCUGUGGAAGGAGCUUCUCGACUUCAUCCACUGGAUGCUGAAGCGCUUCCCCGCGAAGAUCGCUACGACUGAAGUGAUGGAAAUGGCUGCUCGCGAGAACAAGUUCGAGGUGGUGCUGUUCUUGCACUCACAAGGCACCGAGCGGUUGAGGGAGGACACGAUCGAAAGUCUUAUCGGCAGGAGGCUCCAACGCACACGCCCCACGAUGCUGCUGAACCACCUCAUGUUCUGGAUGAUGAUGACGGAGGGCGCCAUCUGCCUGGUGCUGAGCCUCCCGUUCGGCCAGUGGGUCUCGCACGCCGUCAUCUCGUUCCUGAUGAAGCACCUGGGCGGCAAGGACUCGCCGGCCAACAUGGUGGCCACGGUGGUGCUGGCCAUUGUGUCUUUGCUCUUCAUCUCGGACGUGACGACCGUUUACAAGCACCACUCGUCGGACGAGGUGCUGAGCGAUGGCAUGCGCAUCCGCCUGCUCACGGCGCAGCGCGACAUGUACAUCACGGGCUUCUGCCUGUUCCUGUUCCUGCUGCUGCGCCUCGUGUACAUCGCGCUGGCCACGAACCUGCGGCUGGAGAAGAGUUUGGGCGCCAUGAAGAAGCAGGCCGAGGGCGCCGCGGCCGGCUACAAGUCGCUCCUGGCCGAGAACGAGAGCUUCAAGCAGCAGACGGCCAAGCUGCACCAGCUGCUGGAGGCCGAGGAGGACGACGGCGACAAGAAGAAGAAGCUCGACGUGCUGGCCAAGCUCGUGCAGGAGAACGCCGACCUGGAGGCCAAGGUCAAGGCCUCGGCCGAGCAGCUCAAGAAGGCCGAGGGCCAGGUGGCGGCCGUGACCAAGCAGGCCGAGGGACAGAGCUCGGCCUUCAUGAAGCUCAUGGACGAGAAGAGCGAGGCGGACAAGCAGCUCGAGACGGCCAAGGCCCAGGACGAAGAGCUCAAGCGGCAGCGCGAGUUGAUCGCCAAGCUCACGGAGGAGCGCGACUCGCUCAAGACGCAGAUCCAGGACUACGACUUCAUGUUCGCUGAGGCCAAGAAGAAGGCCGAGUAA